UGUGCGGUGCAGGUGUUGGUGGUGUCGUCAGCGGCCGCCACACAAAUACGUUUGGUGCAGUAACUUAACAAGAUUCGUUCUGACGGAGAGAAACGGGAGCAUAACAAGUAGAAAUCAUGUCACCCGAGACGAGGCAUAAAUACGUGGGGUCGGCUGACGGACUACACAUUCUUAUACUGAAGCGAAAGCGAUACACAUCAGUGAAGCAUACAGAGGUUUAUGCUAAUAGGAUUACAGAGAACUUGAUUAUAAAACAAACACAUUACUCUACGUUGUAUAGUUAAUGUGUUGAUAUACUACCAGAUCUUCUUGUGAAAUAAUUACGUGUUGAUCUGCCUACCUGACCUACCACUACCUUCGCCACAGCCGUGAUAAUGGUGGGACUAUCAAUGGACACGGUGGGCUUACGUCAAGCCAUCAGCCAGGCCCUAAAGACCACAGCCCGGGACACACUCGCUCUCCUCUAUCAAAAACUGUUCAGUGAGAACUACCCCGGCAAGACGCCUUACGAGGUCGUUUCUGCAGACAAAGGAGCCUCUGCUUACCUCAACCAGAACUUCUCGCUCAAGAAGAAGAUUAAAGCGAACAUACCGGGUAAGCUGGACAUGACGGCCCUCAACCUGCUGUUACGGUACGGGUGUGGACUGUCAACGAAGAAGAGCUCAUGGAAAGACCUUACCCGGUUAGAAGGCAACAUUGAAAAUCUGCGAAAGAUAAGGAACGAAGACGCCCACUGGACAAAGGAAGGAUGUCCUGACAAGAACCUGGAGGACACCUGGCAACAACUAGCUGAGGCCCUUACCAACAUUCUCCAGUUGGCCGGCCUGGAGAGCCACCUGCCCAGAGUGAAGCAAGAAUUGGGGGACAUUAGAAAUCCCAAACAGGAGACUUCAUCCGACAUCAAACUGCUUCAGGAGAGCCUCCAGAAUGAGCUGAAAGAGUUGUACAGAAGUGGACGCAAAACGACGCUGAUGCCCAUCGUGUGGGGAGGGAGGAGCUUUAGUUUCCACCACCACGUGAACAAGACCUACACCAAGACCAGGCUGACCGUCCUCCAUGACGGAUUGGAAAAAGAAAUAGAUUCUGAGGAACUGUUGGAGAACUUUGGGUCUUCACGGAUUAUCAUACUUGAGGGAGAAUCCGGCACCGGGAAAACCUCGCUGCUCCGUCAUUUUGCUGACGCUUGGGAAGCUAAAACACCGACCAACAAUCUAGCCCUCAGUUACGUCGACUACCUCAUCUUCCUGGACUGUACAGCCGUGACUACCAAAACCUUCACCCUCCCUGAUAUAAUCCAAGAAGUUAUGCCAAACGCCUGUUCCAGGUCGAGACCUUCAGCCAUUCUCAAUGAAUUGUCAAAGGCUGAAGAUAAAGUGAUGUUUUUAAUUGACGCAUUUGACGAAAGACUUAAAGCCUUCGUGAAUGCUUUUAAAAACCUUCAGAGAACGUGUUCGAAAGCUUUCUUCGUAGUUACAACAAGGCCUCACUGCACUCAAGCAAUUACUGCCCUCUGUCAGAAACCAAUUGUGGUAACAACUCAUGGUUUCUGCCGCAGAAGUGCCCUGGCCUACGCUACCAAACUUUUUAAAGUAUCUGGGUCGGAAAAAGUGCAGGAAUUUUUCAGUGUGAUGUCUUCGUACGAUGAACUUAUUACUAUUCCACAACUCCUGUGUUGGUGUUCAUGGUUCUGGAUUGAGAAAGAAGCUGAAAAUUUUACUGCAAGAGGGAAAAUAUUUGCCAGUAUAACAGAUUUUCUCCUCAGAAAGUUAUGUCACAUAAACGGGAAACGAAUCAUAGCCGGAGAGUUGCCCAGCGAGGGGCAACGCUGGCUUAGCAAGGUAGCUCGUCUCGCUUACACUGAAGCCAAACACAACUACCCAUUACUUAGUGAGAGUUCCAGUGAAAUAAAAAAACUAUCCAUUUAUGCCCAGCAACUCAAACUUCGUCCUCUUGAAGCACUUUCCACUCUUAUGCAGUGUGAUAGUUCCAUGACAGGAAUGGGGGAACACAAUGUGUUUCAAUUUGCUCAUGAAUCCCAUGCUAACUUUCUUGCAGCUUACCACAUUACAGAAAAGCUUCAAAGUAACAAGAAAGUUAAAUUGAGUAAUAUUUUGAAGGAUUUACAAAUGAACAGACAAAAAUCAAUCAUGAAAUUUCUCGUAAGUCUUUUGUUUGAAAAGAAAGAGCGAGUAGACACCCGGAUUAUCCAGGAUAUAGCAAAAAUAUCCAAACGAUAUGUGAACUUUUAUGAUAUAAAUUUCUUUUUGGAACUUCUUGAAGAAAGCAGCUACAGCAAAGACCUCGCUAAGGCUCUUGCCAAGCAAAUUCCUGGAGAUUCCCACGGAGCUUCACCUUCCCAUACUACAACCGAGCGCUCGAUAUCGCCUCCCCAAUUCAAUAAUCAACUGUGGUUACGACCAAAGGAACUACGACACAAUGAAGCCCUUCUUCUGUUACUCUCACAAGCUCAGCCAAUGCGCCUCUGGCUUAGGCUGAGUGAAGGUCCCCACGUGGACGAGGACAACCCUGUUCGCGGCCACCAGGCAGUGGGGGGAGAUGCUGCCGCAGCGUUGAAGUUAGUGAGUAAAGCCUACAGGCAAUGUGUUCUCGCAGACCUGAGGCUGACUGAUGUGGCAAUAUCCACUUCUCUGUCAUGGCCUAAGUCUCUCUGGUGGUUAUCACUUGAACGAUGUAAUAUUAAAACUCGCCUUGCUCUCCCUCCAGGGUUACUGAAAUUAAGGCUAACAGAGUGCACUGGUCUGGGGAACAUUAUAUUUCCUGUUAAUCUGAAGAGCCUGGAGUUACAGAAUAUAGAUUUAAAAAAAAAUUAUUUUCCCAUAAGUGUUGAAACUCUGGUCCUAAAUACCUGUACAAUCAAUAAUCUGCCGUGUUUCCCACCUGGGAUAAAAUCUUUGAAACUUAUUCAGUGUUCAAUCAUUGGAGAACUGAAUUUCCCACAUACCCUGGAACAUGUCAAGGUAUCUGCCACUUCAAAAGAUCUUCAAGAAGGUACACAGUCAUUGAAACUAAUCCAUUACAGUGAACAGUUAAUGCUUAAGCUGAAAGGCCCCACAACAGACCUGGAACACCUGCGAAGUCUGACCAUCACCAACGUCGCCCUAACACCUGAGGCCUUUCUCGACUAUUUCUUCGACUUUGAAGAAAAGAAUCCAAGAAGCCGUCUGAUGGUGGAUAGUAUGUGUGCACUGAAGGACAAAAGUAACGAGAGGGAUAUAAUCGUGUCCAGUGUCCUUACCUCCUCCUUACCGAACGUCACAGUCAAGUUCGGGAAGGAUGUGUUUACAAACUAGACUAACACGAAUGUCUGACCUGCAGGGUAACGUCACACAAUGAUUAUUUUAACUUGUGUGAUAAGUGACAGACCGCAGUUGACUUAGUGUUGGAUUAUGAUAACAGGAUAAAACUCAUGGAUGUUAAAUUGCAUUAAUUUAGAACAUCGUCUAGGAUACUGCUGAAACCUUAUGAUGCUUUGAAUCACAUCUAUAAUGUCAACAAAUUACAGAACUCUAUGAGGCUCACUUUCUGUAACAGUCUGUCAUAAUACUGUGAUUAAAUAUUGUGAUAUAUGCAUUGUUGCCAUAUUUUCUAUUAUAUAAUUAUUAAACGCCCGUAUGACACUUUUUAUGUCGUUAAUGAUUACAUUAGUAUUAACGCACUUUUGCGAAAAACUAUUCAGCUGUAUUUAUAACUCCCGUAUAUUUUUGUAUUGUAUUUUUAUAAUAAAUCUGACAUUAGAAUGUACACUCUUA